AUGACGCCAAUGGUGAUCGAUCAGCGCUCUUGAAAACUCGUACAAUUCUCGAGUUGACUCUAAAGUUGCGAGUUACUAUACUUCGGGAGUAAGGAAUUGGAAAUUUGGAAUUAGAGUUCGUCACGAGCUCUAUACGCGUACGACCAUCACAUGAUCGAGUCGACUGCAUGACGAUUUUAAUGAUUUGGAAUGAGUUGAGUACGCAUACGAGCACCAAGUUCAAAAUUCUGGAAACCUCUCGACUCGAUCGGAAGUUUGCAUGUGGUUUGCGGAGUACCGGUAGUUGUGCCGAGUAGGCUACUCUAGUCACCCCGACUUUGCGGGAGUUGAUAUAUCGAGUGCAAAUUUUUAGUCAACUCUUCAACGUCGACGUCACACAACUGAACUCGCAAGGCUAGGUUAUAUGGGAGGCCUGCAUGCUGCACUGCUUCAUUAGAAAAUUAGCUCAGCUCAGCUCUGCCAGUACAGUGUUGAUGAUGGAGAAACAAAGUCAAAUGUCAAGAGUUGCAUUCUCUAGACAACCAGCGCGGAUUCUGCUGGUUGAUUUCUCACUACCAUUUUCUGCUGAGAUGUGCUAUGACCUACAUCAAGCCUUGGAACAUACACUAGCCGUGGCCUGUAACAUGACUGGCCCAGCAAGGAUCCCAUUCUUUGGACUUUUUGCACUUGGUGUUCAUUCAGAGAAUCUGUUUCCACUGCAGCAUGUUCGAGGAAACUUCUCCAGACUUCAGAAUGCACUUCAUGAGUUAAAAACAUUUGCCAUCUCGCAACACACCAAUCUCCCACAAGCAUUACAGGAUGCAGUCCUGCAAUUCAAACGACAGUCUCAAACACUCAGACAGACGACAAGUUUCAGUUGCCAAUUAGAGGUGAUCAUUAUAACAUGCAAGCAAGGAGGAAUGGUCUCGAGACAACUAGAUCAGAUGCUCAGCCAGAUGGACCUUGAAAGCAUUAGGAAGAUUCUUGUAGUGAGUCUUGCAAGCGUUUGUGACAGUCCAGUGAGCUCUAAUACAUCAUCAUCGGAGAACCUGACUGGUAUACUUGAUGUUACUACAAUAGAACCAGGGGAGCUGAGUUUCCAGUCCUUUUUCACUGGGUGGUUUCAUGACUGUGGCACCGACAGAGAACAACUGCAUCUCUUAUUUCCAAAUGGAGUGAUGUCCUCAGACAAGCUGGUGCUCAAGUGUGACUUACAAGAGCGAUUCAUUGAUCCAUCAUUGCUGCCAUUCAAUACACAGUUUCAGAUGACGUGUGGUAUACCUAACAAACCAGCUUCAUCCAAUCAGUCUGCAGUAAGCCAGCAGCAGGCCACUCCCGUCAUCAAACUCAGGGUCAUGCAGAUGGUUAAACUCCAAGGAAUAUGUGAUUCACUGAUGUUUGGACAACCUAUGGUUGUGAGACCUACAGCAUGCUGGAAGCUAGACUGGGAAGAACUAGACUCUAAUCAACAAAAUUUCCAUGCUCUGUGUCAUCAUCUACAUCAUAGGGAGAUGUGUCUUGUCACAAGACUUGAGCCUAGUGAGUCGACUGUGUAUCCAAGCACUUCUGCAGUACCUAAACCAAGAGGUCAUUUCAUCAUCCUCCCCUCACCGUCAAUGUCUCUACUCAUCAAACCAAUAGCAGUCAAUGAACUCAUGCUACCUGGGGACUAUCAAAUACCAGCUGAGAAACCAAUCUCAGAUAGUCUUCAACUAGUCGCACAGUAUCUAGACCAAGUAAGUAUAGUAAAUGAACUCAUGCUACCUGGGGACUAUCAAAUACCAGCUGAGAAACCAAUCUCAGAUAGUCUUCAACUAUUCGCACAGUAUCUAGACCAACUGGAAGUUCUCGAUGCUUACAAUCCACUGAUAAACCAUUGCAAUCUCACUUCAAGUCUGGUUGGAUUAAUGAACAAGACAUCGACUAGACAGCCUAGGAAGACCAAACAACAAGCCACUGUUCCAGUACAGCCUGCCUUUGGUGGUAGAGGUAGAGGAAGAAGAAGAGGCUCUACCCGACCUCAUCAGUUCCAACCAGCUAGUCAACUCCUAAAUCAACCUCUUCAAAAGAAGUUCUGUGGACUUCCUAUGGAGACGGAUAACUGUGAUUUUGACUUGUAAGCAGUGAUGAAUGGAUCAGUUCCAACCAGCUAGUCAUCUCCUUAACCAACCUCUUCAAAAGAAGUUCUGUGGACUUCCUAUGGAGACGGAUAACUGUGAUUUUGACUUGUAAGCAGUGAUGAAUGGAUCAGUUCCAACCAGCUAGUCAACUCCUAAAUCAACCUCUACAAAAGAAGUUCUGUGGACUUCCUAUGGAGACUGAUAACUGUGAUUUUGACUUGUAAAUAAGCAGCAAUAAAUGGAUCAGUUCCAACCAGCUAGUCAUCUCCUUAAUCAACCCCUACAAAAGAAGUUCUGUGGACUUCCUAUGGAGACGGAUAACUGUGAUUUUGACUUGUAAGCAGUGAUAAAGUGGUAGAAGAAGAAAAAGAAGAGGCUCUACCCGUCCUCAUCAGUUCCAACCAGCUAGUCAUCUCCUUAACCAACCUCUACAAAAGAAGUUCUGUGGACUCCCUAUGGUGACGGAUAACUGUGAUUUUGACUUGUAAGCAGCGAUGAAUGGAUCAGUUCCAACCCGCUAGUCAUCUCCUUAACCAACCUCUACAAAAGAAGUUCUGUGGACUUCCUAUGGAGACGGAUAACUGUGAUUUUGACAUGUAAAUAAGCAGCGAUAAAUGGAUCAGUUUCAAUCAGCUAGUCGUCUCCUUAACCAACCUCUACAAAAGAAGUUCUGUGGACUCCCUAUGGUGACGGAUAACUGUGAUUUUGACUUGUAAGCAGCGAUGAAUGGAUCAGUUCCAACCCGCUAGUCAUCUCCUUAACCAACCUCUACAAAAGAAGUUCUGUGGACUUCCUAUGGAGACUGAUAACUGU